GCCAUCUCAUUUCAGCUCACCAUUAAUAUGGAUUGGACCAGAGGACAGGCCAUCGGCCAUGGCUCAUCCGCCACCGUCUCCCUAGCCACCUCUCACCUUUACGGGAGCGUUUUCGCCGUGAAGUCGGCGGAGCUAUCCCAAUCUGAGUUCUUGCAAAGAGAGCAACAAAUUCUCUCCUCUUUGAGCGGUCCUCAUAUGGUCAACUACAAGGGUUGUGAUGUUACCAUGGAGAACAACAUGCUCAUGUACAACCUAUUCAUGGAGUAUGUCCCCGGAGGCACGCUUACCGAUGUAAUUCGCACCUGUGGAGGCCGGCUUGAAGAAUCGGUGAUCGGAUGUUACACGCAACAGAUUGUACAGGGGCUGGAAUACUUGCAUUCGCUGGGCUUUGUGCAUUGUGACAUCAAAGGCAGGAACAUUUUGAUUAGUGAAGAAAAUGGUGCCAAAAUUGCUGACUUUGGAUGUGCUAAGUGGGUUGAUGAUAAAGUUGGGAAGGACAGGGAAAUGCCGAAGAUUGGCGGCACGCCUAUGUUUAUGGCCCCGGAGGUGGUGCGUGGAGAGGAGCAGGGGUUCCCUUGUGACAUUUGGGCACUUGGGUGCACAGUUAUUGAAAUGGCUACAGGCGGUGCACCGUGGCCUAAUGUGUCUGACCCAGUAUCGGCCUUGUUCCAGAUUGCAUAUUCCGGUGAAUUGCCUGAGUUUCCAGGUUUUCUAUCCGAGCAAGCAAAGGAUUUCUUGGAUAAGUGCCUGAGGAGAAGUCCAAAGGAGCGGUGGACAGCUAGUCAACUUCUUAAGCAUCCAUUUCUUGUGGAAUUCAAUUCCAGUGCAAAGAUAAUUCAAGAAUCCAGUUAUUCAAAUUCUCCUACAACGAUUCUUGAUCAAGGCUUUUGGAACUCGCUGGAAGACUCAGAAUUAAAUCUAGGCAGUCUUAUUGAGGAAAACCCGGGUGCUGAUAGGAUCAGACGGUUGUCGUUGCUUUCAGAGGUACCUGAUUGGACAUGGGAUGAAAAAUGGAUCACAAUAAGGGGGAAUAAUGGUGAGGAAAUCAAUAUGAUUAUGGAUGUUGCUGAAGCUGAAGCUGAUGGUAUAAUGUGUUGCAGUGGGUCAGCAACAGCUUCCAUUAGUAAAGCAAUGGUAGAACUGAAAAGCACAGUUGGUAGUGAGGGGUUGAUUAGUUUUUCAGAUAGUAAUGUAUAUAGCAGUAGUGGGAAUUUAAUUAGUUUCUUUCAAUGUGGGAAAAUUAGUGUAGCUUUGAGCCAUUUCAGUUUUGAGAGGGACAAAGAUAAGUUGUUUCUUCCGGCUUCAAUUCCAAGUUUUUAAGUUCAUAAAAUCCAUCUCUCUCUCUCUCUCACACGCAGAGUUUUAGAUCUUUGAACAGGAAGUUCCAACUUCCAAGUGUAAACACUAACAAAAAUUGUA